AUGCAAAGGCCCCAGAAAUUCGAAGCAACCGCCGUCUCCCCUCCUGCCAGUGUGAAUGCUGCAAUGGAGAAGUUUUCUCAGUUCCGGGAUCGAGGCAAGUCAACUGGCUCGGGCAUCGCGCCCUUCCUCCCUAUUCCAGGCGAGCCGCUCGGCCUACAAGGACCCCUCCGGGUGUUCCUCUUUUGCUUUCGCUUACCAUUGUUCCUAUUCGUCACUUUGACAUAUUUCUUGAUCCUACAAUGGCUCCCCAUCGGCUCUUUGGGGAAGAAAACCGCCCUAUGGUGCAUCCUAGGCGUCCCCAGCAUCUGGUGGAUUGACCUGCAAGUGGAUGGAGUGAAGAAAGGGUCGCUUUCCAAACAACAAGAAGCCCGUCUGCCACAGCCCGGCUCGGUCAUCGCGUCCUCGUUCACCUCCCCGAUUGACGCCGUCUACUUGGCCGCCAUCUUCGACCCAGUCUUCACGGCAUCCUACCCCAAUACGCGGCAGGUCGAGCAUAUCUCUCUCCUCCAGGCCAUCCUGCGCGCCUUCGCGCAACCUUCGACUGGCCCCGACCCGAAUACAAAGCUGGUGGAUGUGGCCACUCUGCUGGAGAAAUACCCCAGCCGGGCUAUUGUCAUCUUCCCGGAGUGCACGACGACCAACAGCCGGGGGAUCUUGCCCCUGAGUCACUCGCUGCUGCGCGUCCCCUCCACGACCAAGAUCUUCCCCGUCAGCCUGAAGUACACACCGAUGGACGUGGUGACCCCGCUCCCGGGCAGCUACAUUAGCUUCCUGUGGACGCUCCUGAGUCGCCCCACGCAUUGCAUCCGGGUGCGCAUCGCCGAGUGUGUUCUGAGUGGGCGCAGUGCGAUCGACAUGCCGCCCGCUCGGUCGACUCGCAAGUCGACCUUCCACACGAACUAUCUCGACACCCUGGACGAGGAUGUUGCAGAUGGGGAGGUAACGGCUGGCGAGAAGGCGCUGCUGGACCAGGUGGGCGAGGCGCUAGCUCGUCUGGGCCGAGUGAAGCGUGUUGGGCUUGGUGUUCAAGACAAGCAGGAGUUUGUUCGGAAGUGGACCAAGACGAGGCGGACUUGGUGA